GGGGGGGCAGUAACGAGUCCAAGGGCCAGCCACCGCAGUGGGCCAGUAAGUUCAGUUGUGUGUCGAGUGUGGUUGGUUGAAGUCGGAACCCGACAGCCAGCGUUAGAGCAGGAUCAAAAGAGGCGACUUCUCCAGAAGUAGGAAGAGAGAAAGAGAGGGAGAGUGAGAGAAGGAGAGGGACAGGAUAACGCCCCGGAUGGAGUGAGUGAAAAGCCAGUCCAACAGCAGGCGCUAUCCCUGGGCAUUCACUAACCCAAAUGCCCCGGGAACAAAGUGUGCCCUCUGGCGGAAGUUGUAAAAGAUCAAAGUGAAAGAAGGAAAGAUAAACAGCAGUAGAAGUUUUUGGUUUAGAGAUAAGAGUUACAUUUAUCUGAGAAUAAAAACAUGAAAAAUUAGGAAGAUUUGGUGAUCAGUGAAAAUAAUAUAUUGUCUAAUUUUUUAUAUAAUUAUUUAAACAUUAUCCCAGCGUGAAUCAGGCCUAAAAUUCCUGGCAAGGAACGAACUAUAUCUUUAUAUAAAAAAAAUUGCCAGGAAGAUCAUCAACCAGAAUAAACGUCUUAAGCAUUAAAGUGCAGAAGGAAAUAUAGACAUUGUCUAGAAUUAAGAAUUAAGACCCGUCGCUAGAAACGGGUUUAGACAGAGGUAUUCGAGAAUAAUCUUAAAUUUCUCUUCGUAUCUACCCUAAAAUGGAAACCUUGCAACAGAUACUCCGCCCUGGUGGUGGUGGGGGGAUGAGGAGGAGGGUUGACAGGAGCGGGUAUCCCUCCCCUGUGACCCCAUGGCUGAUACUAGCCAUACUAGCCAUAGGAGUUCAGCUGACCACGGCUAUAUAUCCAGCGGGUGGCUUCGCCGACAUUGAAGGUUCCUUUUGUAGAAUUAGGAGGCCUACCCAGUGUUGCACGGGUCGCUACGACGAGUGCGCCAUGCCCAUCCUGGGCACGCUCUGUUACUGCGACCACUUCUGCGACAGGAACGAGAACCCGGAUUGUUGUCCGGACUUCUGGGAGGUCUGCAAGGGCCUGACGCCAGCGCCACCUGUCAACUUCACCAGUUGUUUCAAAGAUGGCCUGUACAUACCACACGGGAAAAGUUACAAAUUCAACUGCAAUGAAUGCCGAUGCAUCAACGGUCAGCUGAGCUGCGACCAAGACGCCUGCAUGAUCGACGAUCGGGUCAUCAGCGAGGUCAACCUGGCCCCGCGUCAAUUCGGGUGGACGGCGGCCAACUACUCAGAGUACUGGGGGCGCAAGGCCCGCGAGGGGCUGGUCCUCAAGACUGGCACCCUGAACCCUGAGGCCCUGUCCCUGAAGAUGUACCCGAUCCUGCUCCAGCCGGACGUCAGUCGGAUUCCGAGGGAAUUCGACGCCCGAACCAAGCGCGAGUGGCAAGGCAGAGUGAGUGACGUCAGCGACCAGGGCUGGUGCGGAGCCUCGUGGGCGUUCUCCACCCUCGGCGUGGCGCAGGACAGGCUGUCGAUCGAGUCCUAUGGCAACGAGACGGUGCGGCUGUCGCCCCAGCACCUGCUGAGCUGCGACAGGCGUGGCCAGAAGGGCUGUGAGGGAGGCCACGUCGACAGGGCUUGGCAAUACCUCAGGAAGAUUGGGGUCGUCAACGAAGAGUGCUACACCUAUGAGAGCGGUUCCACGGGCAAGGUGCCCCAAUGUCGCAUUCCCAGAAGGGCGAAUCUCUUCAGUCUCCGCUGCGCCGCCAAAGAGGUUGUGUUCCAGAGGGAAGACCUCUACAAGACGGAGCCAGCCUACCGUAUUUCGGGCAAAGAAGAAGACAUCCAGUGGGAGAUCCUGACAAAUGGCCCCGUUCAAGCAAUGGUGAGAAUCCAUCGCGACCUGUUCAUGUACAAGAGCGGAGUUUAUGCAAACUCUGGGAUGACGAGCGAGACCGCCGCCCACUCCGUCAGGAUAGUGGGUUGGGGAGAGGACAGGACCCUGGGAUACAAUCCUGUCAAGUAUUGGCUGGUGGCCAACUCGUGGGGCAGGCAGUGGGGCGAGCAAGGGUUCUUCCGAAUCAAGAGGGGCACGAACGAGUCCGAGAUCGAGAACUUCAUCAUCGCCGUGAGGGCGCGCCUCGGCUCCUACAGCGUGGUCACGGCCCCCAGGCGGACCAGGCCCGCCUCCAGGCGGUUGCGAGGCGGGGAAGGACGGGCUAGACCCAGCCGUCGGACGUCAGACUACUACAGCCACUACCUCCACGGCUUCAAGAAGGCUUAAUGAACUCCCAUCAAUUUAGUAGCUGAGGAUAAUCAAGUGGGCAGAUCCCCCCCAUCUGCUGCAGAGUAUAGCAAUCAAAGAAAGGAUGCAAGGGACACAUGUUACCAUUUUCCUAAAAAUAAAAAAAUAAAGAUAUUUGAAGCACUUGCAUGAUGCUAGACAUUUUAGAGUAAGAUUCUGAUACAUUUGGUCUGAAGAACCAAUAAUCAUUCGUCCAAAAAUGUAAACAAACGUUGAAAACAUAUACAUAAUAUCAUAGAUUCUUGCCUGACCCUUUAUGUAUUUGAAGUGAGUGUGCUUGAGUUAUUAGUAUGCUAAACGUUAUGAACAAUGACAAAGUCAGUACAGUCUAAAGGUUCAGGAAUAUUUAAGUCUUGUAAAUAUCUGUGUACCCUUGCUGAUGUUGAAAAUGUCCUGUGCAGUGUACAUGUAUAAAAAGCUACGUCACUUGUACCAUCAUCCCAAAUACUUGGAGUUUGGAAAGUGUACUGUUUUUGGCCUGCUGCCUUAUGCACAGGAACGAGCCUCCAUCUCUACGCACUUUGUCAGAGUAACAGUGAUUACUCUAUAAUUUCAUACUGAAAUUGUCCCCCUGUGAAAUGGUUACAGAACUGAACUUAGCUGUUCAGAUUGUUACUUUUCUGAAUGUCCAGCUCUUUCUCAAAAUAACCAUCCGGUGCCCUGUAGUUCUUGCUUUAACUAUGAUCAGCUCAGAAUUAUUAACAUUUUUUUUUAAUGUAAUCUCAUUUUAGUAGAAAAAGUCUAGAAGACUCUGGUAUUAAUUAGUAAAAAUGUCCAAGUGUUUUAGCAACCAGUUUAAAGAACCAUUUCAUUGUUUUUGAAAAGUAAUCCAUUUUACUUUAUUGAUUCUACUUGGAAAUUUACAUUAUAGCAGCUGAGCUAUUCCCUUAUUUGACGAACAGUCGUAUAAAAUUUUUCAUAUGAAUCUGUCAAGAAAUAUUGCUUAUUUCUGGACUCGUGAGAAUAAUGAACCAUCUAACAAAAUGCUCCAAGUCUCAAACCCUCGUAUUGAAUUUCACGUCUCGGAUCACGACUGGAAAAAGGUAACAGCAGAAGAAUAGGUUUUUGCUCUUCCAUUUACUUAGUACAGUAGUUGAUUCCAGUUGUUCCAGUGAUCAGAAAAGGUUCUUCGGAAAGUGUUCCUGUGGAAAAUACGUUUAGGCAGAUGCUAUGUACCCAUCUUCUUUCUCUGCCUCAGUUAGGAGACGUUGCAUCACUUCAAUCUGGAAGCAAUAUCUGGAGCAGUCUUCUGCCCAGCGUCUGCCUGAAGCUUGUUUUCUGCAGCAAGCAAGUUUCUCCAGCAAUAAGACUAUGCAAAAUCAUUAUUGCACACUCAACAAAAUCGCCCCCCCCCCCCCCCCCCCCCGCCAUUUGUUUAUAGCUUAUUAAGCUGCCGGUUACUGAUACUUGUUUCUCUCAAGUGCCUUCUUUGCUUCCUUUCAGAAAUAUGGCUACUUUCUGAACAGAAUUCCCUCUGCUGAAGACUAGUUAUGAAUGUCAGUAUUUUUUGGCAUCAGGCUAUUCACAAAACAAAAAUUAUCUGCAUAUACUGUGUGUAUGUAUGUAUGUUUGUAUGUAUGUGUAUAUACAUUUAUUGACAGUGAAGACUAUAUUGUACAGUAGAUACUCUGUAUCCCUGGAUUCUUUAUCUGUGAGUUUGGUAUUUCAUCACAGCUCUGUGGUCACUUGGGCUACAAUUCCAUAUCAGAUUGAUUAACACUGGGAAUUUAUGUUGUUAAAAUCAUUGUAAAAUAUAAAACCUAGAUAAUACACAUAAAUGUAUUUGGUAAGGUAUUAAAAAUUUACAAAUCAGAUAACUAAAUAUCCCUCCUGUAUAAUUGAGAUUACGGGACAAUGCAGAAAGGCAAAUUGAGUCUGAUAUCCUGUUAACACUGAAGAAUAAUCUUAGCUUGUGGAAAUGUUAGAGGGUACAUGGUAUAAAGGACAUUAGACAAAAUAAAUGAUUGAGGAUUGCACUGAAUUUCUGUUUCGUGGGAGACGGCCGCUACCGUUCACCGCGGCUCCACGGAUAUGGAGGGACUACUGUGUAUAUAUUUUUUUCUAUACAUAUAUAUAGUAUAUAUGUGUAUGUGUGUGCGCACGCAUAAUGCAUAGGUGAGGAUGCUGUCUCCCUCUCUGACAAGAGAAGUAAAAGCAUCACAAAGCACUGCCAGUUUUUAAGCUUUAAGUUGCAUUCGCUAAUUUUCCUUUGAGUGUAGUAUUGAUAUCAGGUGUUGUUGAUUCGCUUAUAAUUAUAGUCUCUAUAUUUAAGAAAUCCCUCUCUAGCCUAGGAAUUCAAAUGUGUUCAUUACUUAAGAUACUUAUUUCUAAGUUGGUUCAGAAGUCUGUGCGUAUGUGUCCGUGCCCGAAUGUCUGCCUGAAAAUCACAUUUCUUUAUUUCCAAGCCGAUGAUUUUGUUGUAUCUCUCUUCGAUUAUGUUUGUCAGGUUGUGGCUGAUGAUGAUGACGAUGCUUUGUCCUCUGGCUCGGUUGUAGCUCUUCAUUUUUCCCAAGGAUGUCAUUUCCACCAAUUUGCAAAACUUGUCUCCUUAGAGGAAAAAUAUUCAGGAAGUAUAGAGGUAUAUAUCUGUAGAAUUGUAUACGUGAUGAAUAUAAUAGACACUUGUCCUGCUGUAGAGAUAGACUCCCGAUGUGUUUCGGGUCUAUAUAUUAAAAACGCUAAAAUUCACCAUAGCUUCAAGACCAGCUUUCUCCUCUUCAGGUGAUCACAGCAUUAAUAAAAAUGCAAUAAAAGAAGCAAAGUUACAAGAGUUUACUGAGAAAAAAAUGAAUUAAUAGCAGUUUGGAAAUGACCGAAAGUGGCUUUUAAUUUUCUUUUUCUUUUAACUUUUGUAACUUCCUCCUUUUAUUAGACUAUGCUGUGGUCACCUGAAGAGGAGACCGGUUGGUCUGGGAAUUUUUAAUAUUGAGGGUGUAACUGCUAUCUUAACUGUAUCUUUACUGAGUGAAACCCAUUUAGCAAGGAAUUGGAGAAUGCUUCAUGUCACCUCUAGUGAUUUCACGAACACAGUGAAAAGUCGGGAGGAAAAGCCCCCUUUUUCUUCCUCUUCUUCUUAUAUUAACGAUGAGCCUCUUCUGUCUGUCUGUCUGUCUCUUUUCUCCGUGCAUAAAAAACUAUACAGAUAGGAGGAGAAGACGCAGACACCGUGCAGAAAGGACAAGGAGAAAUCAGUUUGAAGAAGAUGAAACAACUCUCUAAAAACAUUAUUAUUAUUAUUAUAUGGCAAACUACUGAUUCGUCUAAAAUCGACAUCGUCAUCAUUGUCAUCGGCCAUCGAAGAUAUUAAACCUUAUCAUUAGCAGCCUGUUAUUUAUGAGGAAUUGGAAUGUAUCACAGAAUUAGAUAGACAAUUAAAAGCUAUUUGGAAAA